ACCAAACUGGUUUGCUAUUUCACGAACUGGUCCCAGUACAGACCUGGCACUGGAAAGUAUCUCCCAUCAAAUGUGGACCCACACCUCUGCACACAUUUGAUCUAUGCCUUCUCUGUUAUAAACCAUGCUAAUGAGUUGGUCACCUACGAGUGGAAUGAUGAGACACUAUAUAAAUCCUUCAAUGACCUGAAAAACAAGUUCACCAACAUGGCCUCCACUGCUGCUAACAGACAAAGGUUCAUUGAGUCAUCCAUCAGUUUUCUGCGUAAAUAUGGUUUUGAUGGUCUAGAUCUGGACUGGGAAUAUCCUGGAGCACGAGGAAGCCCACCAGAGGACAAACAAAGAUUUACCCUCCUCUGCAAGGAGUUACUUGCGGCAUAUGAGAAAGAGGCCCUAGAGACCAAGAGACCACGCUUGAUGCUCACUGCAGCUGUGCCUGCAGGAAAAUCAAACAUCGACAAUGGCUUUGAAAUUGCCAAGGUCACAAAGUAUUUGGACUUUGUCAAUGUUAUGACCUAUGAUCUCCAUGGAGCUUGGGAGACAUUUACAGGCCACAAUAGCCCUCUCUACAGAAGUGCCUUCGAUGCGGGAGAGUUGAUCUACUUCAAUGUAGACUAUGCCAUGAAAUACUGGAGAGAUCAGGGUGCUCCACUGGAAAAGCUGAUGAUGGGAUUUGCAACGUAUGGGCGCACAUUCCGCAUCACAUCUACGACCAGUGUUGGAGUGGGAGCCUCAGCCAGCGGCCCAGCGGCCCCAGGAACCUACACCAGGGAGGCCGGCUUCUGGUCCUACUAUGAGAUCUGUAAAUUCAUCCAAGGGAACACUGUCCACUGGAUUGAUGAUCAGAAAGUUCCUUAUGCAGUCAAAGGAAACGAGUGGGUCGGAUUUGACAACAUGAAAAGCUAUGACAUAAAGGCACGGUUUUUGAAAGACAAUAAGUUUGGAGGAGCUUUUGUCUGGGCUCUGGACCUGGAUGACUUUUCUGGGCAGUUUUGUGGACAAGGAAAAUACCCACUCAUCCAGCACCUGAAAUCACUGCUUGGUUCAGAUUUGCCACCGCUUCCUCCCACCACCGCCCCCCCUCCAAAGCCAAGUGGGACCAGCACAGUCACUGCCACUACCACUGCUACCACUACCACCACAACAGCUACCACUCCAGUGCCUGGCAGUGGUUUCUGCGCAGGCAAACAUGAUGGCCUGUAUGUUAAUGAGGCUGACAGUAAUGCUUUCUACCAGUGUUUUAGGGGCCAUACUUACCUCCUGAGGUGUGGUGCUGGACUUGUCUUCAACGACAGAUGCAAGUGUUGUGACUGGGCAUAA